AUAUCCGGAAAACCCCUUAUAUUAAAACGACUGCCACCGAUGGGAUCCACCGUCAGGCAAACAACCUACCACAUCAUCUUGCGCCUUUGUUAUCAGGCGGUAGCAGGGCAGCUGUUUUACCAUCAAUCUAGCUAAGUCAAGAAGGAAAACCAUCGUUUGAAACGAUUACAAUGACGUUUUGACGUACCCGAAUCAUCCCGAAAGUGGGAUCAGUCUAACGUUAAGUAUUCUGAGUCGCUAUCGAAGAAGAAGUUUGAUAUAACGAGGAACUUUGUUGAUGGCUCCAUUUCUUUCAGUUCUCUUCAUUUUCUGUUUAAUCAUGUAAGGCACAGUACUGAGAAGAGAACACAUGUCGUCUGCAGCAGAUACUGUGGAAAAUGCCUCUAUUAUCUCAGAGAGCACGGCGCAUGACGGAAACCGCUUGUGGAUAGGCAACAUCGAUCCCAAGAUAACAGAGUAUCAUCUUGUAAAGUUGUUGGAGAAGUUUGGCAACGUUAAACAGUUUGACUUCCUGUUUCAUAAGUCCGGGCCUUUGGAGGGGCAACCACGGGGCUACUGCUUCGUCAACUUUAACACCAGAGAGGAGGCAGAGAGAGCAAUCCAGUGUUUAAAUGGGAAGCUGGCUUUGUCCAAAAAGCUGGUUGUGCGAUGGGCGCACGCUCAGGUGAGGAGGUUCGAAGGUUUUCGUAAUGACAAGACAAUGCCCCCGAGUCUGGAACCAUCGUGCAGUGGUUCAACAGAGUCAGGAUCCAUAACCACCAGCCACCUCAGCACGAGUGCUAAGAUACGCGCCAUCGAGGCCAAGCUCCAGAUGAUGGAGGAGAAUCCAGAUGAUAACUACUCGGGCCCGUCGGCGUACGUUUACAACAAACCACCCGAGAGGAAGCGAUGGGAGCCCUACUCUAAAUCGCACCACAGUAACCAGAGCAGGCCCUUCCGCAAGUUUAGAAGAUGACCCAUCCUCCCUUUUAUUCUUGAGCCCUCCCUGUCCCUGUUUAUGACUCCUCAGCCCCUCACCUCCACAUGGAGAGCAUCUGCUCUAAACUAUACACACCCUAUCUGGGAUUAGAAGACUGUGAAGCUGAAGCAGGUGAAAAUCAUCCAGAAUGAUAACAGUGAAGUUUUUUUUUUUUUAAACUUCAUACAUGGCCCUUACCUGUGAAGACUGGCUCAUUUGUCAGCCUCUUUUUUUCACUUGGGCAGUUUAUUUAUUCACGCAGCUGUAAGUCACAUGAUGUACCUCUGACAUGUUUUUUUUUCAGGAGUCUGAAUACUGAUUAUGUUGUUAGUUGUUUAUGACAUGCCUGCUUAUUUGCAGAUCAUGUUAUUUAAUUCAUUUCUUGUUUUUUUUUGGAUGCCUUACGUUUCAGUUUGGCUUUUUUUUAGGAGUUGUAUCAAUAGAAUUAAAGUAAUAAGAGACAACAACUCCCUCAGUGGCUCUUACUGUUGCAAUAUUUCAUUUUAUUUUAUUUUACUGUGUUCAGUUCCUUCUGCUCUGCUACUGGUUUACUUUAAUUUUGGGGUUCCAGGGUUUUUACAUUUGUUUUUACUUAGUUUUUGUGUGGCAUGUUUUUUUUUUUUUUAACUAUUUUCCUCGCUCCAGUGUCAUUACUUUUCAGUUAAUGACAUGAUCACAUCAUCAGCAUGUUUUUCAUUUUUUUUUUCAGAAAUUUACAGAUUCAAGUUUAUGCAUUGCAAAUAUAAGCUGUAUAAAAUCCACUCCGUGUCAUUCAUUAUUAAAGGCAGUCAUUUUCCAUCACCAUUCAUUAGAAUAAACAAAGCCCUGAGUUAUAACAGAAUUUUAAAAAGCGAAUACAUAUCUACUCUACCAACACUGUCUGUUAAUGUCUCAUUUUGAUGCUCUGUUUUUAUUUUUUCCUCCCAAAAAAAUAAUCAUUAUUAAAAUAAAAUUAAAAAUAUGCAGUCUACCUGAAUAUUCUGUAAAUAAAUGUAAUAUUUUUUAGGC